GUGUUAGGUGGGGGUCUGUAUGCCUCUCGCUCUCUCUCUGUCUCUCCACGCCCCCAAUCUUUCAUCCCAGUGCACCCAUAGGUUAGAUGCAAAGGUAACAGAAAGACCGGGGGCUCUAUAAAGACCCGCUUUGUUCAUUCGAUCUCUCUGCUGCUUUUUUUUAUUUCUUCGGUCUUUCUUGUUACCAUCACCAUACAUCAAAAUGCCCAGCAAGAGGAAGAAGAACAGGCGUCGCAUGAGGAGGGUGCAGGCCCAGAGGAGAAUCCUUGAAGAGCAACAUGCGGCCAACCCAACAGUCAAAGCGGGUCCCGGGAUUGCAGUCUGUGCGCCCCCUGCAGCGAUCCCAAAGAAAGCGGCUAAAGCUCAUGCACCCGCUCCAGCUCCAGUUAAGAUCCCCAUGGUCGUUCCCAUUGCAGUCCCAAUUGUUGAGAUCCCCAUAAAAGAACCAGAACCAGUUGUCGAAGAACCUGUCGCCAAGCCCGUCCCAGUCGAGGUAGUGGCACCAGAGCCUGAGGCUGUGGUGUUGGAACUGGCACCAGUAGAAGUUGAGGUUGAAGUCCCAGUCGAGGUAGUGGCACCAGAGCCUGAGGCUGUGGUGUUGGAACAGGCACCAGUAGAAGUUGAGGUUGAAGUCCCAGUCGAGGUAGCGGCACCAGAGCCUGAGGCUGUGGUGUUGGAACAGGCACCAGUAGAAGUUGAGGUUGAAGUCCCAGUCGAGGUAGUGGCACCAGAGCCUGAGGCUGUGGUGUUGGAACAGGCACCAGUAGAAGUUGAGGUUGAAGUACCAGCCCCGGUCCCUGAAGAAGCACCAGUCAUUGAGACUCCACCAGAGGAGCCCGCUAUAGUUGAGGCUGCAGUUGUACAAGAGGCUGAACCUAUCAUUCCUGAAACAGAACCAGUAACAGAGGUCAUACCUCCAGCUGAGGCUCCAGUAGAAGCCCUCGUUGAGACUGAGAUUCAGACAGAGGAGACUACAACCGUAACAACAGAGACUGAACUGACGCAUGAUGUCUGCGAGCCAGAGACUGAAGUGAAGGCUGAGGCCUGGGUCGCGGCCGUUGCAGACGAUGUCGCCAUACCAGAGCCCGUAACUGAAACAGCUGAAGAGGAGGCGGUUACAGAAACAGUGGUGGUGGAGGAUGUUUUCGCAGAGAUACCUGAGCCAGAACUGACUGAAGCUGAGGUUGAGGAGGAUGAAGCUGAAAUAGAAGUGUUGGCUGAAGAAGAUGCACCUGAAGUCCCUGCUGAGCCUUUUGCAACCACAGAGGAUGUUCCUGCCCAAUCUGUGGAAAUCCCAGAGGUGCCAGCCACCGUCCCUGAGGUAGAAGAGGCUGUAACUGAAGUCAAAGAGGACACUGCUGACAGCCUGGUUGAUGACUUUGUUGUCACAGAAUCUGUCUCAGACGUGGAGGUCGCCAUUGCUGAGUCUGCUGCUGUCCAGCCGGAAAUUGUGGAAGUGAGUGACACCCCUUCAGAAUCUGUGGAUGCGACGCCCGUUGCUGCACCUGCAGAGGAAAUGGUCAUUGACGCCACUGCUGAGCAGACAUGCUUGGAUAUUCUGUCAGAGCUGAAGCCAGAAAUGUGUGACAUGCCCUGUCAGAUGCAGCGUGCUGUGGAGUCUGUGCAGCUCAACUCAAUGGAGAUGUCAGUGGAGGCAAAGCUGAAUGGACACAUUGUUCCAGAGCUCGCCAUUGAGGGCUAGAUCCACUUCACACAGCUUGGAAGACCUUCUUUGUCUUUAUUCCCGUUGGCCAUUUGGAGAACUUAAAGCUUUACAGCUGACCGUGUUCAUUUUUUAGGGCUUACUCCACGAAAUCGAAAGGGACAUCCACACUUUGAAGUGCCUUUCCGGCCCUGGUUCCUGUCAAAACACCAAACCAGAUGUCAAUAAGCCAAAACCCCGCUGCAUUCAAGGCAGCGAAACAUACUGUUGUCUAAAGUGUGCAGAAAUGGAAACCAACAUAAUAUGGCUCCUUAUCUGUAGUUCUUCCCGAAAAACAUGUACAGUGAAUUUGCAUUAACCGUGGAAGCAGGAGUGCUUGAGAGAUGGAGAUUCCUACAACCAGAUGAUGGGCAGUGCCUGGUAUAUCUUUGCGUGUUCGUCUCUCCAGCACAUCUGCUUCCACACGGCAUACUCAAUGCAUGUGAAAACUGUAACGUCAAUGAAUGUGGCUAUAGUUGUACUUGGGCCUAUGUUCAUAUGGGUGUUUAUCACAUCUCAAAGGCUCUUUUUAAAAAAGUUUUUUUUUUUUUUUAAAGACUUGUCUAUAAACUUCCCCCUUGUCUCUAUUUCUGUCCUCCAGUUCUCCUCUCUGCCUUAACCUAGUGCCAAUGCUGAGGUUAGUGUGAUGCUAUCCUAAAGCUAGAGUUUUUGGAUUCACGGCCACUGGAGAAAGAUAGUUUGGGGGUGGGGGCGAGAGGCCAUUCUGUUCCUUUUCUUUCCUUCACUUUUUUAAAUCCUUUUUGUAUAGACCCUAUGAUGUGCUACAGUUGUGUUCAAAGUAUGUGCUCUGCAAGGGAAAAGUACUGUGAUUUUACUGUUGAGCUGAUGUUGGUCCACCUUUUGAAAUAAAGCUGUAACUCAUUGUGUUGCAUGA